CGUCGACAGACUUAAAGUACCAUCUACUCCACGUCUCCAACAUGGGAGCGGACACCAUGACGACAUGUUGAAGGAGUUCUCCAGUCGACAAGUGAAGACUCUGCCAUGUCUGCGGUGUGUAGGGCCAAUCUCCGCGAAUUUUGUCUUGGAAUCUCCCACAAUAUUACCGGCUCUCCUAGUUGAGUCUCGCCGUGAGAAGAUCCACCUAUCCACCACCGUGGGCCUCAUCGGGCGCAAUGAUGGCUGAUCUCGGUCUCAGCUCGGGCAGACCUGGGGCGGCACACGUCUACGAGUCGCAGCAGUCGGAAACAUCGAAAGCUACAUAACGGGCUGGGGAAGUCGUCUAGUCUUCGAAAAGAACUUAGAUUUCAUUGCCUAUCUAUCUGCCAAAACCGACUCCGCAGGGACAAUACCAAGGACGUGUUGAGGCUCUUUUGUUGAUAACCACGACCCAAAGAUCCACGCCAAAAUGACGCACAAGGACAAUGAGGCCGGGGUGCCGACGUACUGGGGUAAGUCGGGUCGCGGGGUGCAGAAGCUCAUCACCGCCGUAGCGACGACCGACUUUCUGCUCUUCGGCUACGACCAGGGCGUCAUGUCAGGCAUCAUCUCGGCGCCCGCUUUCGUCAACGACUUUCCCCAGGUGGACGGCGAUGAUACGUGGCAGGGCUUUGUCACGUCCAUCUACGCCGUCGGCUGCUUCUUCGGUGCUCUCUUUAUCCUCACUUUCGGCGACAAGCUCGGUCGUCGUAAUUCCAUUUUCCUCGGUGCCACUGUUAUGAUAUUGGGUGUUAUUAUCCAGAUUGCCAGUGUGCCUCCGUCGGUCGGGGCCACGACGCAAUUCGUGCUUGGACGCUUCAUCACAGGGGUAGGCAACGGCAUCAACACCUCUACUGUGCCCACAUACCAGGCAGAAUGCAGUAAAUCGCACAAUCGUGGCAAGCUCAUCUGCAUCGAGGGUGGCAACGUUGCUAUCGGCACGUUAGUCGCCUACUGGAUUGACUACGGAUGUACCUACGGUCCCGACGCUAUGGUUUGGCGGUUCCCCAUCGCCUUUCAAUGCUUCUUCGCCCUGAUUGUCAUCAUCCUCAUGACGGGACUGCCCGAGUCGCCGCGAUGGUUGCUCACGCACGAGCGUAACGAGGAAGCAUCGACAGUACUGGCCUCGCUCAACAGUACACCCCGCCAUGACUCCGAGGUGCAAACCCAGAUGGCUGUUAUUAUUGAUGCUAUUCGUGCCUCUGGCCACAAGGGCGGUCACACCCCCAUGAAGUCGCUCAUCACCAAUGGAAAGACCCAACAUCUGCGCCGGCUCCUUUUGGGCGCCAGCUCCCAGUUCAUGCAACAGCUCUCAGGAUGCAAUGCGGUUAUUUACUACUUCCCCAUCCUGUUCCAAAGCGCCAUCGGCACAGACCAUAACCUCGCCCUACUCCUUGGCGGUAUCAACAUGGUCGUCUAUGCUAUCUGCGCCACUUCAUCCUGGUUCGCCGUGGAACGUUUCGGCCGUCGCAAACUCUUCCUCAUUGGCACUGUUGGCCAGUGCCUAUCCAUGGUCAUCGUCUUUGGCGCUUUGAUUCCCGGCACGACAUCGGCGGCCAAGGGUGCAGCUGUCGGCUUGUUUACCUACAUCGGCUUUUUCGGCGCUACAUGGCUACCUCUUCCCUGGUUGUACCCAGCCGAGAUCAACCCCCUCAAGACGCGUGCGAAGGCCAAUGCUGUGUCUACUGUUUCCAACUGGCUCUGGAACUUCUUCAUUGUCAUGAUUACGCCCGUCAUGAUUAACGGAACCGGCACCCACGGCUGGGGAACCUACCUCUUCUUCGCCGCCAUGAACGCCCUCUUCUUCCCCGUUAUCUAUUUCUUCUACCCGGAAACUGCUGGUCGAAGUUUGGAAGAAAUCGAUAUCAUAUUCGCCAAGGGCCAUGAUGAGGGUAUCAGUUACGUGCGCGCCUCUAAGGAGCUGCCCAAGCUUGACGAGACUGAGGUGAAUGAGAAAGCGAACGACAUCAAGAUGAACCAAUCGGAUGAGGAGGGCAGAGUCAGCUACACGCCGUCGGAAGCUCGUGUGGUUCGGGACUCUUCAUAAGAAGCGCGUGUGGAUGUAUAUACCCCAACUGUUGCGAUUUGGUACACGAAUGUACCAAGCAGAUACAGACACCAAUUAUUCAAAUGAUGUUAUGACUCGCUAUGAAGUUCUCUUGACCAGAAUCCAUCGUCCGCAUCGAACAGGUCGCCGCACGAUAUUGUCCGCAAACUCUUAUUAAGAAAGCUGAAGCGUGCG